GAUCAAACGAGGCCCAUGCCCCUUGUUUUGUUCUGAUAUUUCCAAAGCCGAUCAUCCCUCCCUCUUCAGAUUCUUGUUGACCAUCUUCCUCUCUCUCUCUCUCUCUCUCUCUCUCUCUCUCUUUCUGCGAAACCUAAACUCUUUCUUUUACAAGAACACCAACGGACCCAACCCUAGAAGGCACCGCACCCCACUGACUCCCUCAAUUCAGUCGUCAACCAUGGCGGCAGCGUCCUGGCCGUGGACUCUCUCAGCUUCUCUGACCGUGACACUUACUGUAACCCUAGUUUCCGUAGCGAAUGGUAACUCCGAAGGAGACGCUCUUUACACCCUCAGGAAGAGCUUGUCGGAUCCGGAUAAUGUCCUCCAGAGCUGGGAUCCGACCCUUGUCAACCCCUGUACUUGGUUUCACAUCACCUGCAACCAGGAUAAUCAUGUUACUCGAGUGGAUUUAGGGAACUCAAACUUAUCUGGACAUCUAGUACGUGAACUUGGGAAGCUAGAACACCUGCAAUAUCUGGAAGUCUAUAAAAACAAUAUUCAAGGAAGCAUCCCUAGUGAGCUUGGUAACUUGAGGAACCUUGUGAGCUUGGAUUUGUACAACAACAACAUCUCAGGGAUCAUUCCUACUUCUCUGGGGAAAUUGAAGUCCCUUGUCUUUUUACGUCUUAAUGGCAAUCGACUAACUGGACCAAUCCCAAGGGAACUUGUAGGUAUUUCAAGCCUCAAAGUUGUGGAUGUCUCAAACAAUGAUAUAUGUGGAACAAUUCCCACCAGCGGGCCAUUUGAGCAUGUACCUUUGAACAACUUUGAGAAUAAUCCUCGACUAGAAGGUCCAGAGUUGCUAGGACUUGCGAGUUAUGACACAAAUUGCUCAUGAAGAGAUCAAGAUGCUGAAAACUGCCAAAAUUGCCUUCAAUCACAUUGACUUUCCUAGUUCACUUGGACCAACAGGCAAGCUGGUCAAUCAGCUGUAGUAGAGAAGCUUGAACGAGCCUUAGCUGAUGUUGAGUGUGGUGAAAUGUUUUCAAAGGCAGUACGUUCGAGCUCCAAGUUGGGUCUGAUCAUCGUCCCAUGGUUCUGCUUCCAGAUAUUUCCACCAAAUGGGCAAAACGUUUAUUCAAGUUCGAAGCUAUGUGGCUAGAUAAUCGGGUGCGUGGCCAAAUCUUAGGGAAGGGCUGGAUGAACAGGGUCUCAGAUGUUCUUUACAGUUCGAAAAUUAAAAGCAUGCGGGGCUGAGUUGUCCAGAUGGAACUAACAACGCUUUCAAGCCAGCUCUCAGCAUAUUAAAAACCUUACAUACCAGCUAAACUUUUUAUCCAUGGAUUCUCCCACCCCUUCUUGCAGAGAAAGAGUCUAGAUUAAUUGACCAGCAGAAGCAUAUAUGGAAGAUAGCCGAGGUUCACAGGAAGUAACAAUCGUAUUUGCUGGUCGCAAGGAGGAUCAGAAUCAAAGAUGAAAAUAGGAAUUGGUUAGAGGAAGAACAAGCCUUCAAGUCAUCCAUCUUAAAGUCCUUCAAGCGAGUUCAAUUAGCAAGGCAUGAUUCCUUAGGUAGUAACCCCUUUGAUGAAUGUUAGGUUAUUAUCACCAGUGUUAGAUGUGGAAAUUAACUGUAUGUUUGGAUGGAAUUUAUGGAAGCUUUUUAGAGUUCUUUCA